AUGCCUGAUAACUCGGUGCCGACGAAAGAUUCGAACACUGAUACUUUGGUCCUUUCGAAUAAUCUGGACGCUACGAAUGUUCUACUGCAAACAUCCAUCAAUGAAGAAGUCAACCCCGAUGAUGGAUUGAUUGAAAUUUCAAAUGCUCCUGGUGAUGUACUAGUUGGCGAGAAUUCAAAAAAACUUCCUAGUAUGACAAAUGAUUUACCGAGUUUCAGUGGAGGUCCAUCUCAUGCGCAUGUCCUCUCCGAUGAUGAGAUUAGUUUGUCCGAAGAUUCUCCAGACAUCUCCAGUUCUGAAUCCGAUUCCAGUUCUGAAUCCGAUUCCAAUUCUGAAUCCGAUUCCGAUUCUGAAGGUGAUAUUUCAAGCUCGGAUGAAGAAAUUCAAAGUGGAAAACAAAAGAACAAUGAUCGUUUGGAAGAUAUUGAUGACGAAGAUGAGGCCCAAAUAGGACCCAUAUUGUCAAAGAAUGAAGUUCUAGACGAAACUGCUCCAACUUUGCCACCGGAUUACAAGAUUCCAGCUCACUCGGUCUUGGAGCAUGUUGGAGAAAUUUCUGCAGUGGUGGAGAGAAACGUCAUUAUUAGGGCAAACAUUUCUGGUGAAUUCAGAGUUCUCAAAGAAAAUUCUGUGCUCUGCUUCGAAGAUAAACAAGUUUUAGGUCUAUUGUAUGAAACUUUUGGUAGAUUGCAAGCACCUAAUUAUCGAGUCAAAUUCAACAACGACGAUGAUUUUGACAAGGUGAAAAAUAAGAAAGGAGAAAAGGUAUACUACGUCGUUUCAGAGUCUCAAUUCAUAUACACUGAUGUGAUAAAGAAGUUAAAAGGUACUGAUGCAAGUAACUGCCACGAUGAAGAGCUUCCAGAAGAAGAGCAGGAGUUUUCAGAUGAUGAACAAGAGAUGGCAGCAAAACAAGAGAAGAGGAGGAAAAGAAAACAAAAAAAACCAGAGGGAAAUACAACUGAAGUGCACACGAAAAGGAGGCAACAAGGAAAGCCUGAACAAUCGUUCAUAUCGUAUGGUUUUGCCCACCAGAGUCAAGAACGGAUGCAUCAGAAACAAGUGGUUGAUGGGACGCAAGUGUAUCAGCGACCGAAUACUAUAUUGAGCAACCAAGGCUUAUCUUACUCAAAUGGCUCCCAAUACUCUCAGUCAAUACAAGGUGUCCCUUAUCCAAAUAUGCAGAGUUCCUAUUAUGGUCAACAUAACAAUUUCAUAGCUCCAGCUCAGCAGAGCUUCGAAAUGGCCACAAAUUUCCAUCCAUUUGCCGGUAACUCUUGGGCUACCGGAUCAUACCAGCAACAGCAAGGAUCAUACCAGCAACAGCAAGGAUCAUACCAGCAACAGCAAGGAUCAUACCAGCAACAGCAAGGAUCAUACCAGCAACAGCAAGGAUCAUACCAGCAACAGCAACUGCCACCACAACCUUACUUUCCACACUGGAAUGCACAUCAUCCCAGUUCUUUUCUUCAACCACAACAGGUCGAACGGAUCUCGCUGAUUCAAGACGGAACAUUACCACCUCUGCAGCAGCAUGCGAAUGCCCUGCUUGAAGUUUUACGUCAACUUCAGAACUUAGUAGCUUCUCAGACAGCGCCUACUAAUCUGAAGGCAACACCAGAGGAAGGCAGAAAAUAA